AUGACCGGACACACAAUUUUUAAAGAUGUUUUGGUUCCGCGUGACCCUGGAUGUCUAAGCGCCGCCAAAAUCCAGAAUGAAUCAUGUUGUGCCAUAAUGCACGACCGCGCCCUGCAUACAUCUGUGUUGGUUCUGAAAGGUGGUCUUGCGCAUGCGCGUGUAGAAAUACCCUGUGAAUGUCAUCAAUUGUUAUCCAAUAAGUUUCCUCAAUUAUUAAUAAUUCUACAAACGUGCCUUGGUUCCUUUGACUCCUUUGCUUUGGAGGUGGCGAUGCACGUCUGUAGUUCGCUUCGUGUGGAACUCACCAUUGGAACUCAAUUCAGCAAGGCAACGGUGGAAGACGCAAACAGGGAGGUUGUUGCUUCUAAAAUGCCCUUGAUUAUUCCCCGUAAUCGCUGGGUGCAGGUUGUCUUUCAUGUUUCAGGUAUUUUGACACAUCUUCUUAAUUUAUCACCUAUUCAAUCCUUGGACUCCAUAGCAUUAAGCGGGACCUGCAAAACUUCGCGACUCACUGUAUGCAACGACGAGGCCGAAGCCAUUAAUCUGGCACCCGGUGACAUGGCUCUUUUUGCCGUUCCAGCGUAUGCCCCACCGAUUUGGCAAACCGCUGCAGUUACUGCCGCUCCAGCAGUUGUGAAUGCAAGCAGAACACCUAGCGGGAGCAACAUUGUCGCGAACUCAAAUGGAACUCGUCUACCUGUCGUCGGAGAGACAACGAUGGAGCGGCAACGCACUCCAAUUGUGCAACAGGACGGCACACUGAAGCGUAAUCUUCAGUCACCACCGCUCGAACAUCCCUCGCCAAUGUCAGGGAUGUCACCCACAAGUCAGCCUUCGUUUCUGUGCGAAACAAUGCAAGAGAAACUGGGUAUGGCAACAAAACAUAGGUGUUUAGAUGCGUCAACAUCAACGUUUUCGCCACCGCUGCCACCGCAGCAACGGCAGCGCGCGCCUUCGUCACCGCAGGCAUUCCAGCCGAAGCAUAAUCAAAAACAGGCGGAGUUCAGCUCAACCAAUGGGAAUGGUUCAUACAUACGUUUAGUGAAUCAGACAAAUCGUCUACAGCAGCGGAAUAACAAUGCAUUUACUCGCAUCCGGUCAAAUAAUUCAGUGCCAAAAGAAUCAGCUGUGGGCGGACGUUUAACGCCGGCAUUAGUAACAACGGCAAACGUAGCUGCACCCACCUGCUGUAGUAGCGCAGACGCGUGGUGUGGCAUUACAGGCUGGGAAGAAGCCAUAGAUCCCCUAGGCGGUGUGAACACAUCCUCUUUAGGUGGAGUGGAGUUUGCUGGCCAAAGUUUGCUGCAGUCCAAUCAGGCUUCAGUGGGUGAACGGGGUGCGACAGGAGUGAACAAUAAACCAAACAAAGCUGUGGACGUGCAACGCUCCAAAAUGCAGCAACCCAAAAAAAUGACGGAGGCGCGAAAGCGUGCUGUUGCCGUUUCUGGCAGGUGUCGAAGGGGAGGUGGUAAUAGAGGGACAGACUUUCAAGGUUUUUUAGAUGGCGACACGGGCAGAGGCACUACGCAUGCUGCGAAACGACGAGACCUUGCUUUGCGGCAGUCACACGUGCGCGAACGUAUAAAAUUACUCAAGGAAGCACAAUUAAGUGCACGUCGCAUACACGAGAUGAAGAAGCUUGCAGCGUCUGAGCUGCCCAUAGAUCCUCUGGAGGAGGCACAAAUGAUGGUGGAGGGUGAGGUUGUAGAUGUAAUGAAGGAGCCCCGCUGCGGCUACGGAUUUGGGUACCUGGGUGUCCUGCGUGAAGGUGGUGGCUUUGAGACGGAUGAGGGCGUGGACACCAAGCUGAAGGGCGCGCUGACACUAGCACUCUCAGAGUUGUCUGAGGAGGAGGAUGAGGGGGACUAA